CCGGUAGCAAGUGCGCAGUCUCAACGGAACAAUCGCUGCUAACUUUCAACAGGCGGCAGACCGUCGCAAACCUGUACUUCUAAAAUCAUUCAUUACGUUAAAAACAAGAUCCUGACCUGAGCCGAGGAGGUGUCGUCAACGGGCUUUUCUGCAAACAAGCACGGACACACGCAGUUUAGCACUAAGCACCGACAACACAACGCCGGGAUGUUUAACCCACACCACCACCAUCAGCAACAGCAGCAGCAGCAACAGUUUCACCGUCACCUGCGACAGCUUCAGCAACUGUUCCAGCAGCCCCCUCCACCGCCGCCGCCUCCUGCGCCACCACAACCGCCUCCAUCGCACCAUGCUCCCAGGCAUCAUCAUCAUCAUCAUCAUCACCAAGGAGGACGGCCCAUGACUGUACCAGCCCCUGCUCCGCCUCCUCCCCGUGUGGUCAACAUGGCCUCUCGGGCCUCCAUCAUGGCCCCCAACCCAAUGUUACAAGGGGCUAUAAUGAUGCAGCAGAUGCAAGGUAGCAUGCGGGGCUUUGCAGCGGUGAGUGGGCAGCAGUUCACCCAGUUCUUUGCUGCGGGGGCCCGGUCCUCUCUCAUGGGCCCUGUACCCAUGGGCAUGGCCAUCAAGAACCCCCACAUGGGCUUCCCUGCCCGACACUACCACCCCCACGCCCGCUACUACAACAACAACAACAACGACUAUGCAUCACGGCAGCCGGAUAGGAAGAGGGAAAAUGAGCAGAGAGCCGUGGGGAGCACAGUUAGCCGACCUGCAGCCAGCAGGACAGCAGGGGAAACCAAUGACAAGGCUCUCAAAGAUGGAGCAGUGGGAAGGCCAGAUGGACAGGCACAGCCCUCAGUGCAACCGGAGCCUGAGGAGCCAGCGCUGAAGAAGCAGAGGACAGAGGGGUUAGAGGAGACUGUGGAGCAGCCUCCUGAGACAGACAGGGUCCUGAGUGCAGCAGAGUAUCAAAGCCCACCGGUUGACAGCCAGCCUGGAGACUGUGUCAUUCUGGAGGAGGGCGGGAGCACGGCUGAACCAGAGGCUGCAGAGGCACUGGAGGAGAGCAGAGCAGCCGAGGUUCAGAGUGGAGUGUCGGCCAUGACAGCCUCUGAACAGCUGAGUGGUGAGAGCCACGCAUUCACUCCAGGCCUGGAGGACAUGGCAGAGGGCAUGGCUGCCCCAGGGGCAUUGGAAGGGGGGCAGGAAGAGGGCAAGGAGGGGGGUGAUGCUGCCAACAAGUUCUAUUGCUACAUCUGCACUCUCGCCUGUCACAACCAGCAGAACUUCCAGAGUCACAUGAACGGCCUGGCCCACCAGCAGAGGAUGAUGGAGAUCCAACACAUGUCCAAUGCCUGUCUGGUCACCCUGAUGCCCCGCGUCCAGGAGUCACUACAGGGAGGCCGCAGGGACAGCUCAUCCUUCAGGGACGGGUCAGUACUAGUGCACGUUGGUGACAGAGAGAAGAAACCGGGCCCGCAGCGUUGGUGUGCUACCUGCCAAAUCCACUACACCAGUACAGUCAUGGUGCACCGCAGGACCAGGGAGCACAAGCUGGGCAGCCGCACCUCCAACCCCUCCUGUACCGUCUGCAAGAGGCACUUCAGGAGCCCACUCCUGUUCCUGGAGCACAUGCAAUCCCAGGGGCACAAGCAGAGAGUUGACGAGCUUCGGGAGGAGGGGGGGGCAGAGUCCUUGGCUGAACUGGUUGCCAUGGACGCACAAGGCUGCUUUGUAGACGAUGGGGAAGAGAAUGAGGAGGAGGAGGCUAGCGAGGAGGAAGAGGAUGAAGAGGAAAUGGAAGAUGGAGGACAAGGCAGCUCCCAUGGAAAGGAGGGCUGGCCUACCCAGAUGGAGGUGGCUCUACUAGAGGACGUAGAUGAAGAUGAGGAGUAUGACCCUGACACGGUGUACGGUUCUAGCUUUGUGGUUCCUGUGGCUGGGUUCCUCUGUAGACUCUGCCAGCAGUUCUACCAUUUUGAGUCCUCAGCCCGCCACUUGCACUGCAAGUCACUCAAACACUUUGAGAACCUCAAGAAGUACAGGGCCUUGCGUAGCCAGAAGGAUGACACAGUGGAACCUACUCCCAUAGACGGGAUGGACGGAGAUGCAGAGUGUGAUAGUAACCACAUCAUCUCAGAUUCAAACAGCCUGCCUUCAGAGCUUCUCAGCAGCCCUACCGUACUGCAGCCGACCAUCUCCAUAACCAGACUGAGGCCCUCCAGACCCUGCCCUGAACCCCAGGACAACACUCCCUCAGCCUCCGCUUCAUCCCCGCAGGACCUCACCACCACCAGCAGCACUGGGGGGACUCCGGCUCAAGCCUCCCCAGAGAAGCAGAGCCCAGUAAACCCAGAGGACAAGGAGGAAGAGCCAACCCCAGAACUAGCACCAGUCACAGAAGAGGCAGAGGAGGAGCCAGCACCAGUCACAGAAGAGGCAGAGGAGGAGCCAGCACCAGUCACAGAAGAGGCAGAGGAGGAGCCAGCACCAGUCACAGAAGAGGCAGAGGAGGAGCCAGCACCAGUCACAGAAGAGGCAGAGGAGGAGCCAGUCAUGGGAGAGGCAAAGGCAGCUGCUCCAGAGGAGAAGACAGGCAAAGGGAAAGCAAAGGGCCCAUCCAAAAGGAAGUCCGGGAGGACAACACGGAGACGUUGAGAGAGAACGGGAGGGAGAGUGAGUGAGAGUGAGUGAGAGCGGAAGAAAUAAAUGAUAUCCAGUACAAUCGCUACCCUAGGACAGGGUGCCAUUAGUUUGGGACAGGGUCCCCCGCCUCCUCUUCUGUAUAGCUCAAUAGACCAAGACUGACCUGGCAACUCAAAACCGGUGAUCCUCUAACCUAUAUUUCUAGGUUUUUAGGUGUUUAAUUUUUGAAUAACACAACUAGAUAGUCGUAUUUCUAACAGGCAUUCAGUGGAACCUGACUGAAGAGAACUAUGCGGAAAGAAAUUGUGGAUGUGUGUGUUGCUGUCAUAGUGUUAAAAGGGUAAAAUGAAAACAAAGGUCCGUUUUAGUUUAUACAUGUUGUGUUCUAGUUAGCUAACUGUCUAACUCAACACAUUGUUGCCAGGUUUAGGAAUGGAGUGGUGUUUUAGUCCAGGAACUGAAUGAAGAAGCAUAGCAGGCGACUUAUCUGAAAAUAUUUUGUGAUGGGGGUGGGAAGUAAACGGUUAAAAAGUAAACAGUACUUUUGUUUGAAUAUCAAGUAACUAUGAACCUUGAUUUGAUCCUAGCUUUGUUGAAGUGCUAUUGUCCUUGACAUUUUAUUGUCUAAGACAUUUUUUACACAAAUUCUCUGAACUGUUUUGGAGAUUUCUUGGGAUGUUAGCAGGCGAGGAGAUUGGUUAGAGGGGUGUUUCAAAUGGGGAAAGUCUUAACUGCUUGGUCUAUUUAGCUCAGAUACACCCUGAGGUGCUGCUUUCCCCACAUCACUAUACUGCUAAAGACAUUUUAAUUGACUUGUUUAGCUCUUUAACCCAUUGGUUGCUGAAACUGCCUAAAUCCCACUGGUAUUGCUCUCAAGUUGCACUUGAACCUCCAAGGCUGUGCGAUUAUGGUUUUGACAAGACUGGAAGGAUUAUAGAUCAUUAGCGUUCCUAGAAUGUUAAGAAGCAGAACAUGAUUUUAGUGAGCCUUAGAAUAUAGCUGCUCUUAAUCAGCUCAUCAUGUUCUAUCAAGCUCUGUUGGACUAGACAAGUCCUGAGACCAUAAAACGGUCCUUUAGAUGUGACUCAGAUGGGGAGAACACAUUGGCCUAGAACAAACUCUGCCAUUGUUUGUUCUCAGAAAUAACCAGUUUUAUGUAAAGUUCAGUAUUCACUCAUUUUCACAGUUGGAAGCAUUAGGCCUACCUAUAGCCAGCUAAUACAAUGGGGGAUUUCCAAACCCUGUCACCCCAUUAAUAUUAAUAAUUUCAAAUGUCCUGAACUGAAAGCAAUGUUGCAUUAACAAGCUAUCACAUCACAAACAUGACAUUGUAAAAGAGUUGAGUAGUUUUGUGCUAGUUUUCUACCUUUUAAAUUGAGUUGUUACUUAUUUCUUUUUUCUCACAUCUUGUUUGCUCCAAUACUCUGGACUAGUAGAGUCAUUUGUAUUGAGUAUAAUUGUCUGUACAAGUGACAUUGCAUGGCAGAAUUGUGACUGUUCACAUUGGUAACAUUAAUAUCAACAAUAUUAAAGUGGUAUGAUAGGACUUGGAAUUUUUCCAAACAAUGAGACCUGACCUGGAGAAACUAAGGCUGCGUUUACACAGGCAGCACAAUUUGGAUCUUUUUUCACUAAGGCCGUGUCUACACUUGACACUUACAAUACGAAGAUGCAUUGAAACGACAGGUCUAGAUAAACGAAAGUCACAUUGUGGUUGGAAUUGUUUCGAUCUGGCUGACUGCCUUAGGUGGUGGUCAGAGACUCAUUGUGUGCGGAUUUCUCCUCAGUCUGGACGCAAUCACGCUACCAAAAGUGAAUACAGUGGGCGAUGUCAUCAGCACUCCGCCCACAAGUCUCCAGAAAAUGUAUGUUUUUGGAGCAAGAGACACAAUCUUUCAUUAAAUUUUGAUUAAACUGAAGAAAUACGUACCUAGCGUAUGGGGAACGUGUUUGCUGGCUUUAGAAAUGCUAGCCCGCCGGCUUAAUUUUUUUUGUUUAGAGUUACAGUAACCUGUUUGCGCUCCCUUUAGCUUUGCUUGCUGGCUAAUUAGCUACAGUAGUUGGUUACUGCCAUCAAGUUGUCAGAUUUAGCCUGUUCCACCGCUUGCAGAAUGCAUACUGCAUUUAAGGAAAAAGGGAAUCCUGACACAAUUUGGACGCGGUAGACCCAUUUUAAUGUGGUUGCGGAAUUCCAUGAUCAGAACUGCAUGUUUAGAAUACAAAAGCUGUAUGAACUGUCAAGUUUUGACACAGCCUAAUGGGUAUUUUAACCAACCAAUCAGCUCUGAAAAAGAUCUGAUGAGAUUGGUCAAAAGACCAGACCAAUUUAGUGAACAAAUAUCAGAAUUGGACGUCCAAACGCAGCUUAACUGGUCAGGAAACUCUUGGCUUCGGGCAUGGAGAAUGAAGUGUCUUUUCUCCUUUGAUAGUCAAUUAGUGUAGAAGUUGUUCCUUAUUUCUUUUUUCUCACGCACAUCUUGUUAGUUCCAAUACACUGGAGUAGUAGACUGCGUAUUGAGGGGCAAACCAAUUCUGAUAUUUUUUCCCCACUAAUUGGUCUAAUUAGACCAAUCACAUCAGAUCUUUUCACAUCAGCACUUUCAGAGCUGAUCUGAUUGGUCAAAAGACCAAUUAGGGGGGGGGGGAAAUAUCAGAAUUGGGCUGCAUGUCCAAUCGCAGCCUUAGAGUCAUUUUCAUUGAGUAUAAUUGUCUGUACGAACAUUGCAUGGCAGUUGUCACCUUGCAAAUUUGUAACAUUAUUAUCAACAAUAAUGAAGUGAAAAAAAUUAUAGGACUUGGAGUUUUUCCUAACCAUGAGACCUCACCGGGGUAAACUAACUGGUCAGGAUAAUCUCUUGGCUCCAGGCACAGAGAAUGAAGUGUAUUUUCCCUAGUGAUAAUAAAUGUGUGUAGCAGACUAACAGGUACAGAAACUGAUAACCAGAAGCUCUGAUUUUGAAGAACACCAACAGAAGAAAUUGAAUGAUUCACCAGCUUGUGAUCUAUUCAUUGACAAGACAUGGAUAACCAUUUAUCACUGGCCUCUUGGUGAGAGGAGACUGAAUAUAGGAUAAUUGUUCUUAAGUUGUAGACAGAACUACACAAGACUGAAUCUAGUAAUGUAGCACUCCAGUUAAGAGUCCCCAAUCACAGCCACCAUAUGUUCUUUCAAGGAACAAGUCUCUCCCAGAUAAUACUGAUACUUUCAGUGAAUGGGCAGUUAGUUGUUUUAUUAGUUCACUUGUACAGAGGAUGAGCAGAUGCAUAGACUGUUUACACAGGCAGCCCAAUUUUCACAGAUCUUUUUCUGAGCUGAUCUGAUUAGUCAAAAGACCAAUUAGAUCAGAAUUGGGCUGCCUGUGUAAACAAACCCAUAUUGGCAAGCUCAUUUGUCUUCUAGUCUAUCUGGUUUGGGUCCCACUGAAAUAUAAAGGACCAGAGCAUGACAAAGGGUCAUUUAAGUGACAUUUCAAACAGCUGUAUGUUUCUUAAUGUACUUUUAUUCUACAAAUAAAACCGCUGAACAAGA